GCGCCCAGGCUUUGCGCCUUGUGCAGUUUUCAGUUCCACCUGGUGCAAAAGCGUCGGUCUGUUUGGAAUUAUAGUUUCAACUUUACAAAGAAACAGAAAAUAAUUCUCCAGUCAAAUAAUCUUUGAUACUUCUUCCUUUUUACGCACGGGAGGAGCAUGCGCUUUUUGGACAGGUGACUUAUUUAAGAGCAGUAGGAUCUGAGUGAACUUUUUAAUUAAUUAAUGUGUCAACUCCUGAAAUGGCAAAACCUUUAGAUCACAUCAAGAGACCCAUGAACGCCUUCAUGGUGUGGUCCAGAGGCCAGAGGAGAAAGAUGGCCCAGGAGAACCCGAAGAUGCACAACUCCGAGAUCAGCAAGAGACUCGGCGCGGAGUGGAAGCUGCUCUCCGACUCCGAGAAACGUCCGUACAUCGACGAGGCCAAGAGGCUGCGGGCUCAGCACAUGAAGGAGCACCCGGACUACAAGUACAGACCCCGGCGCAAAUCCAAGAGCCUCCUGAAGAGGGACCGCUUCCUGUUCCCGCUGCCGUCUUUACUCGGGGAGGCAGCGGAGCACCUGAAGGGAUUUGCCAUGGACUCCUUCCUCGUCCCCGGGGACAAAGCCCGGGCUCUCUUCGCGCCCGCCUGCUCCUCCUCCUCCUCCUUCUCCCUGCUGGAGCCGGUGGCGCAGUUCAGCACCGGAGCUGUCCAGCGGGUGGCGGAGAUCCCGCACUCACUGGCCGCGGGCGCUCUGCCCUACGGCGCGCACACCUUCGGCUACCAGACCGGCGGGAUUGGGGGACUGGCGUGUCCCGGACAGCACACCCACACCCACCCGUCACCCUCCAGCCCGGGAUACAUGCUGCCGUGUAACUGUAGUGCCUGGUCUGCGGCCAGUUUACACCCUCAGGUGGCGUAUAUUCUCUUCCCCGGAGGGAUGACCAAGAGCGGCAUGGACUCGUAUCCUUCCCCCGGAUCCAGCGUGCAGACUGGGUAGGAAGACGCACGUACACAACGGGGAACGUUUUACGCACAGGACCUUCCCAUGCAAUGCAACAGACGAGAAAGAACUGGGCUAUAAUAACACGUGUUUUCUAUCUAAUAAAUAUAACAGAAAAACUGUUGACAUUUAUUUGACAUGCCAUUGGAAUAUUCGAGUGUUUCCACAGCAAUUAAAAACAUUUCUAAAGGCCUGCUGUUUAAUUAGCUCAGAGCUGUGCUAUUUACCCUGUACGUUUCCAUGUCAAUACAGGGUAAAGAUUAUGGUGUGAAGAUGCUGUUUUGUUACUCUUUUGACUAGAAUAUAAAUUCAAAAGUGCUGCACUAGGUCCACGUAUAACUGUUCAAACUGAG